UAGAAGCGCCCGGACCGGCUCGAGGGGCGGGCUGCUGAGCACGAGGGAUCCCAAGAACGAGUACUUAGUGCUUGUCUCCUAGCUACGUCUGUUGUCCCUAGCCAGUCCCGAGUUGGUCAAGUCCGCACUCGGUUGCGGGCUUUCUAAAUGGCCGCGAUGGACACAGAGCGGGGCUCAGUCAUCCCUCGGGAUGCAGAUUUCCCCAAGAAGGAAGUUCAGCUGCGUGUAAUCCCAUCGGAGCUGAGGUUCCAGGAUGCAGUGUCUGGGAAAGUGUACCGCCUCCCCCUUACUGUACACAACGUGGGCCGCUGGAACCAGAAGAUCAGGUUUCUAGAGCCAACGAAUCCACAGUUCAAACUAUUGUUGACAAAUUUGGAUAAGGAACUUGCUUCUGGUCUUCAGAUGACAGCAAUGGUAGAAUAUCAUCCUAAUAAAAAUGAAGACACAUUUGAUCACAUAUUUAUUUCUGUAGGAAAUAAAGUACUAGAGGUUCCUCUCAUUGGGCUGAUUCCAACCUGUCAACUGGAAAUUGUGCCAGUAGUUGAUUUUGGCACAAUAGUUGCCAAUAGUAAAGUGCAUUGUAAAGAGAUUAAUAUUAUUAACCAUGGCAAAGCUCCAGGCAUGUUUAAAACAGAAUACGAGGGUCAGUUACCUAUUGUCAUUUCUCCAAGUAGUGGUAUUGUGAAAGCUAAGUCAUCAACGGUCAUCAAAGUAGAUUUCUGUGCAGACCAGGCCCACACUGUAAAUGAAGUGGCAAGAGUGAGUUUGCAAGGUCGUCCUGAUACAUUCUUGAACAUCAAAGUUCAUGUGGUUGAACAGAUAAUUGAAUUGGUUAACAUGAAUAAUGACAGGAAAUUGGAAUGUAUACGGUUUGGUUAUGUGUUCUUUGGAACAUCAAAAAUUGAGCAUGCCCUUCUGUAUAACAAUAGCCCUGAUACCAUUAACUGGGUGGCAAUAAUGCAAGAUGAUUGUGUUGGAGAAGAGCUGGGAGCAAAUAUUCAUCAAAGAACAGAUAUGGCUUUAAAUAAUCUCCCCUACUUAAACAAAAUAAAGAAAAUAGAUAUGACUGAUUUUAUCUCCUGUGUUCCCAAUGAAGGGACUUUACUCCCUUUUCAAAAGAUUGUUAUUACAUUUUGCUUCAGCCCAAAGCUAGUAGUUGACAUUAAAAAGGAUGUUGGGCCUUCACAUAGGCAAGAUUAUGCACUCUUUGUGAGAUUUGAUUCUGUGGGAAGUAAAGAUGGAUUUUUGAGAGACGAUAACUCUAGCACCAUGAAAAGUAAUCGACUUCAAAAAGUGGAAUUAGCUUUGACAGGCACUGGACUUCCUGUCAUAUUACAGUUUGAUCCAGGAAAAGUACUUACUUUUACACCUUGUUACAUGGGUGAACAUUCAGAUGUCCUGUGCAUUGUAAAAAAUCAAUCCAUAUCACUUCCUGUGAGGUACCAUUUUAAAAAAACUGCACACUUUAAAAUGGACCCUGAAAGGGGCAAAAUUGAUCAAGGAUGUAUUCAGAAUGUGAUAUGUUCAUUUGUUCCACAUCAAAUUGGAGUAUUUAAAGUGAAGCAAGUGAUCGAGAUUAUUGGACCCGUGGUAGAUGAAAGCUUACAGUCUUUGUCAAUGAAACCAUUUCAUCAUAUAAAUUUAGAAUUCAUCAGUACUUGCAAAGCUUACACUAAAAAAGUUGGGGAGAAAAUUAAUCUUGGUAUAUCCCCCUUAGUCAGUAAUCCUACGAGACACUUUGUGAUCCAAGAUUCAGGAAAAAAGGAUGAUCGUCCACCUGUAGUCGCAAUGCUCCGGUCAGGCAUGACGGACCUUCAUAAUCAUCGCCCAAGUGAUGAGUCAGAGAAGGAUGCAAUGAUUGCCUUUCCUAAUGAUAGAGCUGCAAGUAUCAGGAGUGGAGACCACCAUGAACAUUUCAGAACGAUUUUCACAAAGAUGCCAAGGCAUCAUUAUUUGGAUCCUGAUUUUGAAUACACUGAUUUGGAAAAACUGGAAAAAAAAAUGCACCGAGAUUACUACACAGACUAUAUUAGAAAUUUAAGAAAUGCACGCCUACAGAAAGAAGCACAGAGGGAACGCAGAUUUCCAUUUAAUGAAGUAGAUAUAGGAAUGCAGCCAUCAUCUGGUAUAAAGUCACCAUCACUAUCUCAAUCAGAAAUAGAGGACAUACCUUCAUCUUUAAAAGUGUCUUCUCUUAGAGGUAAAAGAUUGCUAAGCACGAAGAAAAUAACGUCCCGGGAGACAGAAUCGCUACAGAGAAAGAUCACCAAAGGACUUAAAUCAAAGCCAACCACUCACUAUGAAAAACAUGACUGCAGCAAAGUUUUGACACCAAAGCAAAUUCAUCAAGUAAUUGUUGGACCAUCUGUCCUUAAUUUUGGUAAUGUUUGUGUGAAAUCGACAAAUAUUCAGCAACUUCAUAUUGUUAAUAUGCUGCCCAUGUAUAUAUUGCUCCAGUUUGAUAUUAAUUUGGAAGAACUUCAAAAAACCAGACAAUUUUCAUAUGUGAUCCCACCUACAUCUAGUACAUAUAUUUCAAUGGUGUUCGAAUCUUCUACCAAUGGGAAAUUUUGGAAAUCAUUCACCUUUAGAAUUAACAACAUAACUGGUGGGCAUAUCUUAGUGAUGGCUGUCAUCCUGCCUGUAAGUCUUGAGCUAUCUAGUAAUGUGAUUGUAUUGAGACCACAAGCCUUCUUGUUAAAAAGUUGUUUUCGGGGAACCGUUAAGCUCUAUAAUCAUCUGAAUCUCCCUGCCCAAUUUGGAUGGAGACCAGUAAGUGCACCGAGAGGAGUUACAUUUACUAUUCGUCCAGCCAAAGGCAUUGUUGAUCCAUAUUGCUCUUUGGAAUGUGAAAUCAUCUGGCACCCAGGUUUUAGUUCUCCAGAGAAAGGAGAAUUUGUGCUUCAAGUCUGUGGAGGAAAUACUUUGACAAUGAAGUGUAUUGCACAUGUUGGUCAUACUAAAGUCACAUUUUUAGAGCCAAGAAUAUUGUUCAGUAAUAGUUCGCAAGGUUUAACUACUUGGAGGAAAGCCAUUCUUCACAAUGUAGGGCAAAACCAUGCUUAUUUCAAGGUUUGUGAUCAAAGCCUUUUGCCUAUCAUUAAUAUUGUUCCAUCAGAAGGCAUAAUCCCAUUUGGGGGAAUAAGUGUUCUUAAUAUCUCCUGUACACCUUCUGUGGCAGAAAAAUUUGAUACAAGAGCAAAGGUUGAUAUUCUCCAUGCAAAUGUAAUAGAUCUUAGGAUUGGUGGAUCUGUUGAAAUUGCUGAAGUUGAAAUUAUACCUAAUAUCUUUAAUUUCAGUGGUACCUAUGUUGGCACUACAGAAACUUUUCCAUUUAUGAUAAAAAACAGCGGUGUGACGCGUGCCAAAGUGGAGUUCAAUCUAAAAGACUUUCCGCUCUUUGCAGUGGAUUUUAAGGGAAAUGCAGGAGAGUGCAAUAAUUCAGAAUUUCCUAAUAUGUAUGCAGUAGAGGUAGAAGAAGGCACAUCUGUGGAAUGUUGCAUAACAUUUUCUCCUGUAGAAGUAGCAACAUAUGACUUUAGCUUUCCUGUCAAUAUUAAUUCCUUUAAGGCUUCAGAGCUCUACUGUGAAUAUUUGUCAAAGAAAAUGAUGCUGAUACCAAGAGUAUCACCACUUAUUCCACCAUGUUUUGUUCAAGCUACUGUGCUGCGAGCACCAUUGGAAUUAUCUAGCACUGUGUUUGUCUUUAAAGUUCCAUUAUUUGAGCUUCAACAUAAUAAUGAGAUCACAAGAAUUCAGGAUCUUGUUUUAUUUAAUAUCUCCAAAAAAACUGUUCAGUGGUCUUUGGAUAUUGGCAGUAUUGACUUAUAUUUCAAAAAUGGCAUAUUCAAAUUUACUGCACUGAUUGGAAGUCUGAAACCAAAUGAAAAGUAUACUAUUUCCAUACAUUUCUGCCCAAAGGAGCCCAUAACAUACCUAGCUGAUGUUGCUAUACGUUUAAAUGAUAACUUAUUUGACUUUAGAACAUUACAUCUGAUUGGAGAGGUACAAGUACCAAAGAUAUUUUUUGAUCCACCAUUUAUAUGUUUUACCCCUGUUCCUUUGGAUACCACAGCUGGCGUGGAUAUCAAAAUUUUGCCACAAAACUAUUUCAGUAAUGCAGUUCUACAGUUCAAGAUUCCCACUGCAAAACUUCUUGAUGAUGAUGAAAUUCAACCACUUACUGUUACAUUUCCAAAAGGCAGAGUUAUAUCAGGCUCUACUACUGGAAAUAAUGAUGAACUACCAUGUCAUCUUAGUUUCAAUUCAUCUAAACCUGUUUCCUUUUUUGCCAAUCUUCUUUUCUGUGAUGACAGAGAUAACUGGUUUUUGCUUCCAGUUACUGCGACAGCAGAAAAUUGCCUUCUUACUAUUUAUCUAUAUUUGGCAGUUCAUCUGGACCAGCAGAAAGUUACUUUAAAGACCGAUAAAGGAGGAAAUAUUACGAAGCCUAGAGGCAGUUUUUUGGUUCCUGUGAUUCCACGCGGGGACUCCAAAUCACUAUCUGCACAUACAGGGAAAAGGGGGUCUCUGGCUUCCAAAAUUACUGAUGCUGAACUUACAUGUGGGAACCUAUUUGUUGGGAUGGAAAUUUCACGUGACCGCUUGGACUCAGAUGACAGUAUUGCAGAGAGAAUACGUUUUGGAUUGCUGAAAAAUGAAGAGAAGAACCAACAGUUCUUUGCACCGGAAAAAGGAUCAAAGGCUUUUGACUAUUUUGAGAAGGUUGUGAAUGCAGCUCAGACGUGGUUCAGUCUCUUUGGCUGGCCUGAAGGGCCCCAUUCUCUUUCUAUUCCUGAGACAGUAAGAAGGGAUGUGCAGAAAAUACAAUUCUAUUCACCUUCCUCACCACAGAAGAAAUUUUGCAGACAGUAUGAUUUUUCCAAAUAUAAUAAAACAAUUUAUGAUGUGAUACUGCACUUGAGUGGAAGACUGCCACCUGGAAUUAACGCAAACCAGUCCUUACCUGUGGAUAACACUGAAAGGGUGAUACAGCUCCAUUCACAACACGCCUCGCUUCUAGACUUUAUCACUUCUCAAGGUGGAUGCAUUUCUCAUGUAUUGCCAGAAUUUUUGCUUGAACCCAAAGAUUAUAUGAAGUGGCUUGAAAUUACAACAUCCACUAAAAACACGGCUCUCUGUACACUUAACAGAAAUUAUUCUGUUAAUAUAGAUAUGGAUAAUUUUGAAGCCUGGAGUAAGCGGGCAUGGACAGAUGUAUUUCUGCAGAUAUACAAGGUUAUGGUUCUAUCUCGGGUGACACCACAUUCCUACAGUUCUAUGCCAAACAUUCGUGUGGAGAAUACACCAAAAAUCAAUCCUUGUUUUGCAUCCAGCAACAUAUAUUCUAAUUCUGAAAGGAUUCUACUUAGUUGGUUGAAUACAAAUUAUGAAAGUCAUCGACAUAUUAUAUGGAAGAAUAAUAAAUGUGAAAAUGUCCCCUCUGAGAGAUGGAUAGUGAAUUUUGAUACAGACCUUCUUGAUGGACUUGUUAUUGCUGCACAGCUGGCAGCAUACUGCCCAUUUUUGAUUGAGUCUUAUUUUGUAAAUAUGUACACACGACCAAAACGUCCUGAACAGUAUUUGCACAAUUGCUUGAUUGUUAUAAAUAGUCUUUAUGAAAUUAACUUUGAUUUAAAUAUACAGGCCAUCGACAUCUGUGAUCCAAACCCAGUGCUGAUGCUAAUGCUCUGUGUCUACAUGUAUGAAAGGCUCCCUACAUACCUCCCCAGAAAAGUGGUACCAUUCUCUUGUACUUUGUAUGACACUGUUGUUGGACAGAUACUAGUGACAAACCCAAGUUUGAAGAAUUUAGUGUACACAGCUACAAUUGUUGGAAGAGAUGCUGCUGACUUCUGUCUUUCCCAGGCAGGAAAUGUUAUAACAAUUUCCCCAAAAAGCCAAAUUACCCUUGUUGUGAAAUAUUUUAGUCGCUACCUCCGUCCUGCCGAAGCUACACUAUUAUUAAUUUCAAAACCAAAGGGGGCAGUAGGAGGCAGUACGAUGACUUUUGCUCUAAGGGGAGAAGUACUCAAUUUUAAAGCACUUGAGGUUCUAAACUGUAAAGCUCCAUGUUAUCAAUGGAAAGAAGUCAGUGUAAAUGUGAAAAACCCCUUUUCAACUGGUGGAGACUUUAAUGUCUUUCUUGUGGAAUCCACAACAUUUAUGCAUUUUCCAUCACAAAUAACUGGAUCUUCAAAUGCUGCUGUGAAACCUAAUGACUGUGCUACUGAUCGGAGUUCUUCCCAUGCUGAAAAUGGCUUAAGGACUUCAAUUAAGUGUAACUUCAUCAGAGAAUUCUUCUGUUCAAUGCAAACAAUUUUCGUGGGAGCAAAAGGAUGUUCAUGCCUGGAUCUCUACUAUCUUCCCUUUGACAUGCAUGUUCGCUAUUGUGCCGUCAUCCUGAGCAACAAAGCAAUUGGAGAUUUGAUAUAUAUUGUUGAAGGGAAAGGUUUGAUACCCUUGCCUUCAAAUUUCUUUCCAUCGAAGCCUCCAAGUCCAAUGGACUACAGCAUUUCUCAAGAUGAAGAAUAUAAUAAGGAAGACCCAGUUCUAUAUUUGACCUGCAAACCCCAUCAAGUCCUUGAUUUGAACCUUAAAGUAGCACUGACUAAUGAAGCUAAGGAAAAAGCUUUGGCUUUUGCAGCACAGCAACAGAUGUCGACUCUUGAGUAUGAGCGAAGGGCUAUCACUGGCACUCUGGAGAGCAGUACCAUCCGUGUGGCCAUUGCCCUCCUAGGACUAACCAAGAUUGAGUGCCUUUUCCUUUUUAAUAUGUCAAAGUUGAAGAAGCCUAAAUCCAUUUUAUAUGCCACAGAAUUGAGCCUUCCUGGACAUUUUAAUAUACCCAGGAAAAUUUACAUUCCUCAGAUUCCAGAACCUCCAGCUGUUCGUACUCAAUCUCUUGAAAUUAAACCUCAAAAUUUAACAGAAGACCAGCCACUCCAGAAGCAACUGCCGAGCACUCAAGCAGCUUUAGAAGGAACUGUUUCAAUUCCUCUACGAUUUGCUCCUCUUGGGCCUGGAAGAUACCCAUGUAAAAUUUUGUUAGUAUCAAGAUAUGAUGUACGUGUGUAUGUAAUUGAAGGUAUAGUGAAUGAAGGAGAACCAGAGGCUGCAUUGUUGUUUAAAACACCAGCAUUUGAACCGCUUACACAGCAUAUCCCAAUAAAAAAUGACUCAAAGAAACAUUGGAAAAUUAAAAUUAAAGUAGAAGGAGAGUGGUUUUAUGGACCUCCAAAUUUACAUGUUGGCCCUGGUGAAACUAUCCAAUAUCCCUUGACCUUCAAACCCAUUUUGGAAUGUGAAGUUAUGGGUAAACUUACUUUACUAAAUGAAGUAGACGGUGUGGAACACAUCAUUGAAAUAGAUGGAAUUGGGACAUACCCACUGGCAUUGGACCAUCUUGUUAUAGACUGCCAAGUAGGAAAUGUGACAGAUAAAUCCAUAAUAGUUCCUAAUUAUACAGCAAGUCUCCUGACAUUUAAGGUAACUUCAGAUCUCGCAAUAGUUUGGGGAAAUUCCUAUAUCACCAUUGAACCUAACAACUCAAUUCCAUAUACUCUCCAUGUAUGCCCUUGGAAACGUGGAGAAUUCAAAGGUGCAAUUACAUUUUCCGUUAAGAGUAGAGAUGAAGAGUAUUCUCAGGAAGACACAGAUUCAGAGUAUGACCGCUCUUCUCAGGAUACGCCAUCAGAUCCAUCUACCAUUAUUUUUGAGGAAUACUCUGAUGAAAAGGUAAAAACUCUAAAAAUCUGGUAUCAUCUUGAGAUCCACAGCUCUCCUGGACCUCCUGUAGAUACAAUUGAACUUCAUUGCAUUGCUCUGGAGACCACCUGUAUUGAAAUUCCUAUCUCCAAUCCAAAAGAUAGAGCUAUUUGUAUGAGUGUAUAUUUAUCAUCCUCUGCAUUUAAUGGACCAGAGGAAAUUAGACUGAAUCCAUUGGAUUGCAUGAACUAUAUUGUAUGGUAUUCUCCCGCAGCAACAGGCUAUAAAGAAGAAAGCAUUAUUUUUCAGCCUGAAAUGGGUGAAGAGUUCUGGUAUUCACUAAAAUUAACAACUGAACUUCCAAAAACAAAGAUAAUACCAGAAAUGCAGUGUGAUCUUGGAAAGAACAUCGUUCAGACUCUUCCUUUAUAUAAUCCUACGAAUGAAACUUUAGAAUUGAAAGUAAGGAACAGCAAUCCUAAAAAUUUUGUCAUGGACAUUAACAGAAAAAUACCAUUUGUCCUCCUACCUCACUCUACAAGAGAGAUAUCUGUUUACUUUCAUCCAUCAGGACUUGGGAGAACUGGUCAUGAAACUUGUAUUAGCUUCUGUUGUACUCAGUUUCAAGAAUGGAAAUUCCACCUGUUUGGAGUAGGACUAUUCCCUAAACCUAUAGAUGUGCAAAGAAUAACCACAGUCCUUGGUCUUCAGGCAUCUGUCUUGAUACAUUUCAAAAAUCCUACUCAUGAAGAUGUUUCCGUUGAUCUCAUAUUAACAAAUAAACAAGGACCCAAGACUCUUAUAACUGACCAUUGCUGGGACAGCUUCCUCCAUGAACAUUCUGCCUACCGGUUUAGUUCUUUGAGGCGUACACAUGGAAUUGUGGUGCCUCCUAAUGGAAACUUAGAAAUCCCAGUGUUAUUUAUACCUACCGCUAUGACAUUAUACAAAACAAUAGUGAUUGUUAAGAUAAACAGAGCAAACAAAAAAAAAUGGACUAUUGACAAUUUUGAUGAACUAAGUGAAGAGACUAAGAGGUAUAUUGGCGUAGACCAUGGGGAAACACAUACAAUACAUUGGAUAUACCCUAUUAUUGGACUUCCGCAGGCACCAGUCCCUAAAAGUUCUCCAGUUGUUAUAAAAUGUCAGGCCAACAAACAGGUAGAAGAAAAAGUGGAAGUGACAAUGACUGGUAAUUUUUUUGGCCCACAUCCAUCGCAGGAGUUGAUAGACAUUUCAGUGUUUCCAAAAAGAAAUUCACUUGACAGUAUUUAUGAAGAUGUUGAUGUAACUCCUAAAAGACGUGAAUUUGAAUAUGAAAUAGAAUUUGAAUCUGAAGAAUUGAAGUCUAACCUGGAUUCCUCUGUAUCUUUAUAUUUGUAUAGAAAACAUGUUAACGUAAAACGUGAAAUAAUUUCAUUGAUUUUCAAUAUGAUAUUUACACCAAAAAAGCCAUUCAGGACUCAUAUCACAUUGAAAGUUGAGUGUAUAACACAUGGAAUCUGGAAGUUCCCUGUAACUUUGAUUGCUACUGAGCCCGAUGUGGAAGAUGUCAUUAAUAUCCAAGGAACAGGUUUACUCCAGACAGCUGUCACGGAAUUUCGACUGACAAGUCAAACAAGGUAUUAUGAACCAUUUGUAGCCCAUUUUCUGCCAGGCAGUGAUAAAGAAUUUUUUGUAAAUCCUCAUUCUGGAGAACUCCCUCCAUUUUACACAAAAGGAAUUGUCAUCGUUGUAGGAUUUAAACCCCGAAUGUACAGUAAGAAAUAUCAAGCAACACUUGUAAUACAGACAGAUGAAAUAUAUUCAUUGUAUGAAAUAAAUGGGUUACCUCCAUCACCGAAAUCAUUGACACAUGUAAAAGCCAAAAUUGAUGCUACUAACAAGAUAUGUGACUGCAUGCCACCAAUUCAACACAAUUUUAUCCGUGAAAAUGCUAAACUUCGAAAGACAAGAGUAUCUUCUACAAUUAAAGGGGCUUCUUCAGUUAAAAAACAUAAAUAAAAAAUAUUGUUAAACUGU